AUGCCUCGGAGACAGAAGAAUAAGCUCCGGGCUUCUGAGAAACGCUGCCGGGCUCGAGCUGAGGCUCAGGGUGAGGGUGCUCAGGCCACAGUAGCGGUGGAAGAGGAGUCCACUUCCUCCUCUCCUCCUCAGAGUGAAGAUACUACCCAGAGUCUGCCUCCUGCUGGGUCAAGUAGCACUUUUCAGGGGCGUCGAAGAGCACAAGCCAUCACCAUUACUUCUACAGCCAAUAUGUGCACUAGAUCUGAUGAAGAUUCCAACAGCCAAGAUGAGGAUAGGGCAAGCCCCUUUGAGGUCCCAUACUACACUGAGAGUGCAGGUGAAGAUUCUUUAAUCAGGAAGCCUGGAUUGCUGGAGCAGUUCCUUCUGUACAAGUAUAAAAUGAAACAACCCAUUUUGAAGGAAGACAUGCUGAAGAUUAUUGGCCAAAAUUACGAAGACCAAUUCCCUGAGAUCCUCAAGAAAGCCUCUGAGCGCAUUGAGAUUGUCUUUGCAGUUGAUCUGAAGGAAAUCGACUCAACCAAACAAUCCUACGACCUCAUCAGCAAGCUCAAACUCCCCAACAAUGGGAGGGUGCGAGCUGGUAGGGGGCUACCCAAGACCGGUCUCCUGAUGAAUAUCCUGGGAAUGAUCUUCAUGAAGGGCAACUGCGCUGCUGAGGAAGACAUCUGGAAAUUCCUGGGUAUGAUGCGAGUAUAUGCCGGGAGGAAGCAUUUCAUCUAUGGAGAGCCCAGAAAGCUCAUCACCAAAGAUCUGGUGCGUCUGGAGUAUCUAGAAUACCGCCAGGUGGCCAACAGUGAUCCUCCACGCUAUGAGUUCCUGUGGGGUCCGAAAGCCCAAGCUGAAACCAGCAAGAUGAAAGUCCUGGAAUUUCUGGCAAAAGUUAACGAUACCAUCCCCAGCGCUUUCCCGUCCUAUUAUGAAGAAGCUCUGAAAGAUGAGGAAAAGAAAGUCCAAACCAAAGCCAUGGUCAGGGCUGGUAAUAUUGCCAAAGUCCUUGUACCUUCCAGGCCCAUGCCCCAGAAUAUCUUCCCACCCCUAGUGAAAUCUGAGGUCUGUUAUCCUCAAGAUAAGAAAACAUAAAUUCACAAUAGGGAUUAUAUUAUUAGCAAUGUGAAAGAAACCCAUAGUAAAG